AUGCCACCAUCUGUCGGUGACACUAGUGUCAAGGGGGUUGCUGGGCUCAGUUAUGGCGGGACAGCCACAAACGUCGGCAAGGUCGCGUCUGCUCUCCUUGCCAAACAUGUGCGCACGCUGGAGGUCCUUCACUCGCUUCAAAAGAGCAACGCUCAGCUUAGGCAAGACAUCCAGGAUAAGUCGGGAGAGGAAGAGGUACAACGGAGAAUUGCCGAGGCCAUUGCCGCAGCCGUUGCCGCGCCGAAUGACCUCAGUGAAGAGCUGCAGGCACAAGGAGAGAAACUACGCGAACGAGUCGCCGGGCUGGAGCAGGAGUUGAUCUCUGCGAAACAGACUGCCGAAAAAAGUCUGGAUAACGCCAACAGCCAAAUGGAGAGCUUGCGUAAGAUGAAUGUAACGCUCCAGAAAAAGUGCGAAGAUCUCGAAUUCGAGGCAGCCUCUCACGAGCGGCAAAUAUCUCAACAAGGCGAGGUGGAGUCACACCUGCGGGAGACAUCUGUGGCGCUGUCGCUGGCAGAAGGAAGGGCGAGCGACCUCGCCAGGAGACUUGCGGAUCAGGAGUCGACUUCAAGUACGCUACAGCUUCGUCUGAAGGAGAACGAUGACAAAAUUUUCGCCAUGAAGGAGGCAGAGACAAUCCUCACGGCUGAGGUGGACGAGAGCAAGACACAGCUUGCGCGUCUGGACGGACAGGCGCGCGACUUGCAGGAGAAGCUCAGGGUGGCCGAAGCUGAGCACGGGCAGCUCGGAGUACGGCUCGAACAGGCUUUACGGGACCUAGCAACUUCGAGGGAGGAAAACAAGGAAAUGGUGGAGAAGGAGCAGGAAUCGCUUGCGGGGGCAGCCGAGCAGAAGUCGCGGGUCAACGCUGCGGAGGCGAAGUUAUCGGAAGAAAGGAAGCGCUUCCAGAGAUUCCGAGAGGAUGCCAAGCGAAAGCUUGAAGAGGAAGCGCGGCGGUACAAAGCGGCGCUCAUGGAGCACGCCUACGAGCGAGAGCGGCUCCUCGUGAGGAUCGACGCGCUCUUGCGUGAGGCCGAGUCGAUGCGAGCUCACAUGGUAGAAAAAACGUCGUUCGCUCGUCACCCUCCACACUAG